AUGAUUAUGAAUUGUGUGAAAGAUUUCAUACGUUUCCUUUGCUUACUGAUUCUAUUCACUGGUGCUGAAUCUACAGUAUCUCAAAGAGCUGAUCUACCAGCGCAAUGUUUUGACCAUACGAUCAUUAAUGAUGAAAGUCGCAAUGUUUAUGCAAGUGGUAAUACCCAAUGUGACACAAUGUUCAUAUCUGGACCUAAAUGGAUUCGUUUUGUUGGCCAAGGCGGCACACAACUAUCAACAACAUCAACCAGUUUUGAUAGAUGUGGGGCGCAAGCUACCGGUUGGUACGCAGGAUCGAUGCCGGACCCCUUGCUGACAAUGCAUGAUGUUCGAGUAUGCUUUUCAUGGCAGAAUAAUAGUUGUCACUGGACGAACACAAUCUCUGUCACUAACUGUGGAUCCUUCUAUGUUUAUCGACUAUCAAUGCCUCCUGUUUGUCCAGCUCGGUAUUGUACUGAGACGCCCGCUAUACCUACAACAGCGACCACCACACAAAUGACAACAACGACGAGUACACCAUUUGUUGCUCCACAAUGCUACAAACACCAAAUAAUCAAUGAUCCCUCGAGAAGUAGUAAUGCAACUGGCAACAAUCUUUUGUGUGAUCAAUCUGUUUUCAAUUAUACAACAACAUGGGUUCGAUUUGUCGGUGAAGGUGGUACACAAAUUCCAACAUCAGCAGUAAUGAGCAACCGUUGUAGUACGAACGCAGGUGGUUGGUAUUCCGGCCUUAUGCCAAAUGAUGCAUAUUCAACCACAAAUGGAACAGUGUGCUUUUCAUACGGCAAUAAUCCGUGUUUUGGCAACGUCGCUGUGCAGGUUACCAAUUGUGGAUCAUUUUACGUUUAUGGUUUAAUCCGACCGGCUGGAUGUAAUUUUCGUUAUUGUACCGAUACGCCUGCUGCUUCUACAACAACUACUACAGAAAUGACAACAACAACAAGUAUACCAUUUGUUGCUCCACAAUGCUACGAACAUCAAAUAAUCAACGAUUCAUCAAGAGGCGUUAAUUUUGGCAAUUCUCCUAGAACAUGUGACCAAUCUACAUUCAAUUCGAUACCAAGAUGGGUUCGAUUUGUUGGCGCAGGCGGUACACAGAUUCCAACAACGCCGCCACCAGUUAGUCGAUGUGGUACCGAUGCACCUGGUUGGUAUUCUGGUUCCAUGCCAACCGAUACAUACUCAAGUACGAAUGGAUCGGCGUGCUUUUCAUGGGGCGGAAAAACUUGCAACUGGCAAAAUAACAUACAAGUCACAAACUGCGGAUCAUUUUACGUGUAUCAAUUGACUCAGCCACCUCAAUGUUCUUUACGGUAUUGCACUGAGACACCGACGAUUAUGUCAACCGUUACUACUACGGAAAUGACAACGACAAGUACACCAUUUGUUGCUCCACAAUGCUACGAACAUCAAAUAAUCAAUGAUCCCUCGAGAAGUAGUAAUGCAACUGGCAACAAUCUUUUGUGUGAUCAAUCUGUUUUCAAUUUUACAACAACGUGGGUUCGAUUUGUCGGUGAAGGUGGUACACAAAUUCCAACAUCAGCAGUAAUGAGCAACCGUUGUAGUACGCACGCAGGUGGUUGGUAUUCCGGCCUUAUGCCAAAUGAUACAUAUUCAACCACAAAUGGAACAGUGUGCUUUUCAUACAACGGUAAUACGUGUUUUGGCAAAGGCACUAUGCAGGUUACCAAUUGUGGAUCAUUUUACGUUUAUGGUUUAAUCCGACCACCUGGAUGUAGUUAUCGUUAUUGUACCGAUACGCCUGCUGCUUCUACAACAACUACUACAGAAAUGACAACAACAACAAGUAUACCAUUUGUUGCUCCACAAUGCUACGAACAUCAAAUAAUCAACGAUUCAUCAAGAGGCGUUAAUUUUGGCAAUUCUCCUAGAACAUGUGACCAAUCUACAUUCAAUUCGAUACCAAGAUGGGUUCGAUUUGUUGGCGCAGGCGGUACACAGAUUCCAACAACGCCGCCACCAGUUAGUCGAUGUGGUACCGAUGCACCUGGUUGGUAUUCUGGUUCCAUGCCAACCGAUACAUACUCAAGUACGAAUGGAUCGGCGUGCUUUUCAUGGGGCGGAAAAACUUGCAACUGGCAAAAUAACAUACAAGUCACAAACUGCGGAUCAUUUUUCGUGUAUCAAUUGUCUAAACCAAACGGUUGUAGUCUUCGCUACUGUACUGUUGAUCCGUCAAGUACUAAAAUGUCCAACGAACCAGAAGGCACCAUCACAAGGAUUAUGAGUUAUUUUCAGAGAUUGUUUAAAAGAAUAAUACAAUAA